AUGGUCUGUGACGCGCAGGAGGAUCACGUGAACACGGCGCACAUACGUCAUCACACCCGGGACGGAACCACCACACUCCCCCGGACGCUGCUGUCCUUCCCACUCGUGGGUCUCCUUCACCAUAAAGAUAGUGAAAUGAAGCUGGGGAGCGAAGAUGUAGAAACCGAUGGUUUGCAGGUGUUACUGGCAUCUGACACUGUCACCAGAAGGCAGCUUGCAGUGAAGGUCAUUAAGAAAAGAGUUGUGGUGGAAGAAGAUAUGAUAAGAUCUGUGCUGGUGGAGAGAGAGGCACUGCAGGCUGUCAGGACGCCCUUUGUCGUCCGAGGGCUUUUCGCCUUCCAGACUGAGGAGCUCCUCUUCCUGGGAAUGGAGUAUGCCAAUGGAGGAGACCUUCAUGACCUAUUGGAAAGAACUGGUGCCUUGGACCUAAACACGGCAACUUUCUAUGCAGCAGAGAUUGUGUGUGGACUGGAACAUCUGCAUUCCAAGGGCUACAUCCAUCGCAGCUUGUUUUACUUAGAGGAUCUUCCUUUUUACAAAGACAUCAAACCAGAGUAUAUUCUCAUCGAUGGAGCCGGUCAUAUUAAGAUUGCAGAUUUGGGCCUUGUAUUAAACAACAUGCAUGAAGGCGACGUCGCCACUGAAUAUGCAGGAACAACAGGCUAUAUUGCCCCCGAAAUGGAAGAUUUCCUUGAGUAUAACACCGCGGCAGACUGGUUCUCAUUUGGAGUUGUCCUAUUCCAAAUGCUGACCGGACAAUCCCCGGAAGAUAGCAGGCUAGUUGGCCUACUGGACUUUUCAUUAGAUCCUGAUGCUGAAGACAUCAUUGAAAAGCUCCUGUGUGAAGAUCCUGAUAAGUGUCUGGGUGUGGAUUGUGUAAUUAGAGACCAUCCCUUCUUCUUGAGUAUGGAUUGGGAAAGGCUAGAGGCCCGCAAAAUACCACCCCCAUUCAUACCCAGUAAGUGCACUGUUAUACCGCUUUCACAUCGCCUGAGACGGGUCGCACACGGGAGCCUGACACGGGUGCUUCCUGCGUGCGACCUGCCUCAGGCCCCUCGCCGCAGCUGUCCACAACCUGGCAUAUUGCCAGAUUGGUGA